AUGGCACUCCAAUAUCGGAACGAAUUAUGUCGUCUCGGGGAGCUACUCUGGAAUUUCCAAGAUUAUCCAAUUGAAGAAAUUAUUGAGCACAUCAAAUUUUGCGUUUCAAAUUGCGAGAUUUCUUUGCAGAAUAUCUUUUCUGUUCUUGAUCAGAAGUUUUCAAAUAACCAUAAGAUGUCGAAGCAGAUUUUACAAUUUAUUGAACAAUUUUUAACAAUGACUGGAUUUCAAUUUCCAAAAGAAUAUGAUUUCUUCUCUGAAGUUUUGAUGAAGAUAUUAAAACUCAAAGGAUUGAUAGAUCCAGAUGUAUAUCCUGAAGAAGUCAAACAAUCAGUCGAUGAACUUCUUUCUCAAUAUGAUUUUGGAGAAAUCGAAGAAGUUAUUGCAAAUGACGACUUAGAUGCACUUGAUUCCAUUUAUUCUAGUUUCGGCUUUGAAUCAGAUCGAACAUCUCCAUCAGACUUAGAUUUAGCCGCAGAAUAUGGAUCCAUCAAAUGCUUCCGUUAUCUAUAUGAAAAUGGAUCCGUUAUAACAUCUGAUACCACAUCAGGAGCUUUUCUGGGUAAUAAUUAUGAUAUUAUUAAUAUAUGUGAACAAAACUCUGCGAUCACAUCAGACUAUGCUGAUAUUGCAUGUAUUUAUCAUCAUAAUGAUGAAUACAGAUAUCUUAGUGACAAAUAUUCUCUUGAUUAUUCCUGGUAUAGUAGUUUAGUUACAUUUAAUUUUGAGCUUUUCUUUGAUAAAUUAGACAGAACUGAUUUCACAUCUAAUAAUGAAGAAGCUUACGAAGCAUUAUCAUCAGCUGCCUGUCUUGGAUUAACUCCAAUUGUUCGACUAUUUCUUGAAAAAGGAUGCUCACCAUUGCUUCAAGAUAAUUCAACAGGAAUAAAUUGCAUUAAGCUUGCAGAAGAUUGCAAAUUCCCACAAAUUGCAGAUAUCAUGCGAAAUUAUAUAUCCAAAUAA